AUGACGGAAGGAUUGCUCAAUUGGCUCUCCACAAAAAAAUGGACUGGUAUUAAAAAGUUAUCAGAAGAAGAAUACAAGCAAAUCAAACAAGCUAGAGCCGAAACUAAGGCAGUGCAAUUAGAAAAUUUACCCUCCAAAAAUGAAAAUUCAGAUAAUCGAUC